CCUCACUCUUUUCUCUGCUCCCAUGACCGACAAAUCAUGCUCCCACCGAUCCCAUACCUGCUUCUCCUUCUAUCUCUAUCAGUUCCAUCGUCUUUCUCACACUCCUUCAUCUUCAAUGGGUUCAAAGGUCUCAAUUCCACCAACAUAACCUUAAACGGAGUUGCAGAGAUCACUGGCAACGGUAUUCUCAAGCUCACCAACGUCACCUCUCACUUGAUCGGCCGGGGAUUUUACCCUGACCCAAUUCGUUUCAAGAAUCCCAUUACCAAAACUGCUCUUUCCUUCUCCACAUCAUUCGUCUUCUCCGUCGUGCCGCAGUACAUAAAACUCGGCGGCCAUGGUUUCGCUUUUACUAUCUCUCCGAACAAAGACCUCGCCGGAGCUCAAUCCACGCAGUACCUCGGACUCGUCAAUGUCACCAACAAUGGCAAUACGUCUAACCACAUGUUUGCUGUGGAGUUUGAUACCGUUCAAGAUUUCGAAUUCUCUGAUAUCGAUGAUAAUCACGUCGGCGUUAACAUCAACCGCAUGACGUCGGUGAAGUCGACGAGAGCUGGGUCUUUUGUUGAUGGCGAUUCAACAAAGCAAGAUCUUUGCAUACAAAGUGGCGAAAAGAUUCAAGCUUGGAUUGAUUAUGAUGCCGCGAAACCCGAAUUGAAUAUCACUCUAUCCCUGUUUCCAAAGAAACCAAACACGCCGAUCAUCUCUUUUCCGGUGGAUCUCUCGCCGGUUUUUCAAGAUUUCAUGUACGUGGGGUUUUCUGCAUCAACAGGUCGUCUUGCUAGCUCUCAUUAUAUCUUCGGAUGGAGCUUUAACAUGACCGGAAAAGCAGAAUCAUUGGAUCUCCAUCUCCUUUCACUUCCACCAUUCAAAAAGAAUCAAAAAGAUUUCAGAAUUUGGUGUUCUGUCUCUACAUCCUUAGCCCUUUUCAUCACUGUGAUUGUCGUUUCUGUUUAUGUUAUCAAGAAACUCAAGAACAUUGAUUUGGUUGAAGAUUGGGAAUUUGAUGUCGGCCCACAUAAAUAUUCUUACAAGGAGUUGAAGGGAGCUACAAAGGGGUUUCACGAAAAAGAAUUGCUUGGAUUUGGUGGAUCCGGUAAAGUCUACAAAGGGAUAUUACCAGAUUCGAAUACCCAAAUCGCAGUGAAACGAAUUUCACAGGAAUCAAAACAGGGGCUGACGGAAUUUAUAUCGGAAAUUUCGACCAUCGGCAGGCUCCGGCACCGGAAUUUGGUUCGGUUGUUGGGUUGGUGUAGAAGAAGAUGCGAGUUCUUUCUUGUAUAUGAUUUCAAUGCCAAUGGCAGCUUAGAUAAGUAUAUCUACAACAACCCCAAAAUGAUUUUAACUUGGGAACAGAGAUUUAAGAUCAUAAACGACGUAUCUAAUGGAUUGCUGUAUUUGCAUGAAGAAUGGGAGCAAACUGUGCUUCAUAGAGAUAUUAAAGCUGGAAAUGUGUUAUUAGAUUCAGAGUUCAACGGCCGGUUAGGCGAUUUCGGGUUGGCUAAGUUAUAUGACCAUGGUUCGAGUCCCUGCACAACUAAAGUGGUGGGCACAUUGGGUUACCUGGCUCCUGAGCUAACUCGAACCGGCAAGCCCACCACGAGUUCCGAUGUUUAUGCCUUUGGGGCUCUAUUGUUAGAGGUGGUUUGUGGGCGGAAACCCAUUGAACCCAAGGCGUCACCGGAGGAGCUCUUUUUGGUGGAUUGGAUUUGGGAGAAAUGGCGAGAAGGGGGGUUGCUGGAGGUGGUGGAUUCACGGUUAAAAGGUGUGUUUGAUGAGGUUGAAGUUAUGGUGGUUUUGAAGCUAGGGUUACUGUGUUCAAGCGAUGAGCCGUCGUUCCGGCCGAGUAUGAAACAGGUGGUUAGAUACUUGGAGGGGGAGGUGCCCUUGCCGAAGAUUCUAGCUCCGCCAUGUGAGGGUGGUGAGAAGGGUGGUUUUGUGGUGGAGUUUGAUAACUAUGCACCUCCAUUACCAUUACAGAAAGUGAAGAGUUGGUCAGUGGGAUACAGGGAAGGGGACGUUUAUCUCGAAGUUGGUUAACAUGGACUGCCACAUCAGCAUUCCAUUCAUCAUACAACUCUAUCAUUUUAUACCCAGACUCCAUAACACUCCAAUGAGUUUAAUGGA